AUGAUUGAUGCGAAACCUAUGUUUACUCCCAUGUCCACUACCGUUGCAUUAUCUCCUACUGGGGACCCAUUUCAUGAUCCAACCUUGUAUCAGUCCCUUGUUGGUGCUCUUCAGCAUUUAACUAUUACCCUACCAGACAUAUCUUAUGUCGUUAAUCAGUUGAGUCAAUAUCUCCACUGCCCCACUACCGAUCACUUUCAGGAGGUGAAACGGAUAAUACGUUAUGUGAAAGGAACAAUCUCGUUUGGACUUAACUUUACCAAACCAUCUACGUGCACUCUGCUUGGCUUCUCAGAUGCGGACGGGGCUCGAUGUCUUAAGACUCGACGAUCGACUUAUGGGUUUUCUAUCUUUUUUGGUGGUAACUUGGUUUCUUGGAGUGCAAAGAAACAACCCACUGUCUCUCGUUCCAGCUGUGAAUCAGAGUAUAGGGUUAUGGCAAACACGGCGGUUGAAAUUAUUUGGCUCACACACCUCCUACGUGAGCUCGGCUUUCUUCCAGAUGCUCGUCCUAUGCUUUUAUGUGACAACCAGAGUGCGUUAUUUCUCACUCAAAAUCCUAUUGCACAUAAGCGAAUUAAACAUUUGGAAUUAGAUUAUCAUUUUAUUCGUGAACUUGUUGCUUCGGGGAAACUUCUGACUCGUUUUGUACCAUCCAAGCUUCAGACUUUAAAUUUUGCUCGUUUUUGUGUAUAUUUAUGUUUAUGGAAGAAAAUUCAGAUCACCACCAUCACCUCUCCGGUCACCACCAUCACUUCUCCGGUCACCACCUCGUCUCCGCGGUCUAUAUCUACUUGA